AUGUCGUCCUCGUGGCUGUCGGCGUCGGCGCGGCGGCUGGUCGAGGCGAUCUUGGGGGCGGAGGCGGCGGCGGCCGUUUCGUCGGAGGGGAUUGUGGUGGCGCUGACCACCUCCCUGGCGGUGCUGGCUGGGGUGGCCUUCCUCCUGUGGAGAAAGUUGUCGUCGGCGGACGAGUCGAGCCGGAAACCGGUGGCCGUGCAGCCCAAGCCGCUGCUGGUGAGGCUGGAUAGCGAGAUUGACGAAGAUCCCAGGAAGAAGAAGGCCACCGUGUUCUUCGGCACGCAGACGGGGACGGCCGAAGGUUUUGCCAAGGUGAACACUCCGGAGGGAGUUGCUUUAGUAGAAUAUUGAUCUGUGGAAGCUUUAGACUUGUUAUGCUUUUGUGGGUUCUGGUUAUCUGAUCGGAGUCGAGGUCUUCGGUGCAUAGUUGGCUCGCUCCAAAUCACUGGAAGGUGGAUUUUUUUUAUUUGUUUUAAAUAUCUUCUCGUUGUCUUCGGUGGCUUCAAUGCGUUCAUCAAUGUGCAAACAGUUGGAAAUUGCUCGACCUUGCUUUAUUAUAGAUCCUGUUUGGUUCUAGUCACUUGAAGGGAUCCCACGUCAGUAAAAACAAUUUAUUCGGAGGGAAGUUUCAAAUGACAGUUUGCUGCCUGAGUUACUGAAAGAGUGCACAAGCAAAAGAAAAGUUUCACUUGUGCCUUUUAUUUUCAAGGAAUCACUGAUUUGCUACAAAUCAUCAUUACUGAUGAUUACAACCAAGGAAAAUAUUUGGUACAGUAAGCGGAUGUAAAAUAUCAGUAUUUUGCCCUCCACAGAUGGUCAAUUAUUUUUUGAUUUAUGUUAAUUCGAAUUUUGAAUAUCUGGGAAUGAUAAAGUGUAUGCUCUAUCGUAAUGUGUUUAAACAGUUCUGUCUUACACUUUCGCCGCCUGAAGAAUUAUUACUUGCCAUUUGGAUCAAUCUCCUUCUCCUUUGCUUAUGGGUUUGGGGAUAAUGGUACUACAGGCUUUGGCUGAGGAAGCUCGAUCUAGGUAUGACAAGGCAGUUUUCAGAGUAGUAGACCUGGUGAGCGAAGUCGAAGUUAUUCUAUUAAUAUAUUUCAUCAAAUAUUUCCGCCGUAUCUCAAUUACGUGCUUGUGCUCCGAUUUUAGGAUGAUUAUGCAACUGAUGAUGAUCACUACGAAGAAAAAUUUAAGAAGGAAACUUUAUGUUUUUUCAUGUUAGCAACGUAAGGGGCCAUAACUCUCUCAUUACACAAGGUCGUCUCUGAUUGGAUAUUUUAAUUUUUUUUUUCUUGAUGUGAUUCAAUGUAAUAAUGCAGAUACGGAGAUGGGGAGCCAACAGAUAAUGCUGCAAGAUUUUUUAAAUGGUUUACUGAGGUGGCCCAGAAAUUUUGCCUCGUUUUGCCUGUGUGAUGAUGCAUCGUUUCCUUCACACACCCUUACAACUAUGUGCGACUGUCUCACAUUUCUGCAGCAAAAUGAAAAGGACGCCUGGCUUCAACAAUUAACCUAUGCCGUGUUUGGUCUGGGCAAUCGUCAAUAUGAACAUUUCAAUAAGGUUGGUCAGUGGCAUCAAGGUUCACAUCUUAUUGAACUUUUUUUAAUUUAAUCCUUUUCAUUGUACAGAUUGGAAAAAUAGUGGAUGAACAGCUGGCUGAACAAGGUAUUUUUUGUCUUUAUAUAAUUUAUAAAACGUGUCUGUGAUCUUGUCUUUCUUACCCAAUGACGUAAACUCUAUCCGCCCAUGUUGUUUAAAUUCAUCCUCGCAUCAAAGUGAUUGGUGCCUUUCUGUUAUUUACGUCCUCAUUUUAAGGGUGCUGAACUGCUUCUUGUAGGUGCAAAGAGGCUCAUACCCGUUGGCCUUGGUGAUGAUGACCAAUGCAUUGAAGAUGAUUUCGCAGCUUGGUAUGUGAUUGAGUAUUUGAAGUCGAGCCAUUAUGGAAGUUGAUAUUUCUCGCAAUAUUUGAUUUCUCGUUUAUGUGAACCAUUCUGUUGUAGGCGAGAGUUACUCUGGCCUGAACUAGACAAAAUACUUGGAGACGAGGAUGAUUCUAAAAAAGUUUCAACGCCCUAUACUGCUGCUGUUCCAGAAUACCGCGUUGUUGUUUAUGAUUCCACUGUUGUUUUGGAGGAUAAGCACCUUGUUAUGGCUAAUGGUCAUGGUACAAAUGACAUCCAUCAUCCAUGCAGGUGCACAACGUCUCCAUCUGAGUUAAUAUGAUUUAUUUGUUUGUGUAUUGAGCUGGUCUCAUUUAUGUUUCUCCAAACUCGUGCAUUCAUGAAUAUUGACUACAUAUGUGCCAUGAAACUUUCACACCUCGUACUAGAACAGAGAAUUUUGUUUAUGACAUGGAACAUUAUGGCUGACAUAUUUUCUCGGCAAUUUUUCUCCCUUGUUCCUUCCUGUAUAUCCUUCUUUCAUAUUAAGGUCCUUGUUUUGACAAGCAGAGCUAAUGUCGCUGUUCAGAGGGAGCUUCACACAUCAGAAUCUGACCGUUCGUGCAUACACCUUGAAUUUGACAUCUCAGGCACGGGAAUUGUGUAAGUUUUUCUGCUCAGUGACCUCCUUUUCGUUUCAUGUAUUUCCAUAUAUGUAUCAUCUUUUACUUUCGCGGUAUGAUAGGGAAAGCUUUCUAACAGCUUGUGGUGCAUCAUAUUUCUUUAAUGAAGUCUGGCAACAUGCGUUGAUUCUAAAAGGUGUCAGGUUAUUUUACAUCUAAAGACCUCCUGUUAUGUUGAAUGUGAAAAAUGAACCAUAUCGUACCAGGAAAUGGAGCUUUCUUUUUAUAGAUUUACUCUGUUUAUAUGUGGAUGGGUGGAAAGGACAUGUGUUGGGGGCUGCUUUUUGUGAGAUUGCUAGCCUUUUGAUACAAUGAAAAAAAUAUUGAACAAACAUUAAGUUGGAUCAAGAGAUUCUUUGGAAUGGACAUUUAACCAUUCUUAUUGUUUCUUAGUGCCUGAGGGAGUUUUGGCAUGAUAAUUCAGUUUCAUGCAUUCUAUCCAUGUUGAUUGUGCAUAUCACAAGGUAGUAUUUGGCUGGACUACUUGAUGCCGUGAUGCGGUUAUGAAAGGGAGAUGCGAUGCUGGACUACUGCACUUGCAGUUUGUCAUUGAUAGAGUUGUCCAUCGCUGUGGUACCAAGUAGUACCCAGUGGUACCCAGUGGUACCCAGUGGUACCCAGUGGUACCAAAGCAGAUUCGUGUAUACUUGGAUCGGAUCAAGAGUCAGAAUAAAGAACCUAAACCUCUGUUUAGGUUUCUUAACAACUGUUCUAUCGAGCAAGGGAGUAGCAAAAGGAGAUUCUGAACUGUCUCAAGAGAAUCUGGUUGUCUCUGAGACUGAGUACUCUGCAUUCUUUCAGGGUACAAAACAAGAGUGAAACUCCAUUUUAUUGCUUCAUGGAGAAAUUAGAGUGUGGCAUUACCUGGGCUUUGGUCUAGUGACGUAUUAAAGGAGAAUUUGUAUUUUCACUAGCGAUGUAAACGAGUCAUUGAUGGGAAGUCCAGUAUAGAGUAAUCAAUAUUUUUUAAUUGUCGAUAAACAAAUGUCUGUGCCAUGAUUAAAAAUAGGGUAAUAUAAAGUCAAUAUUUUUUUCCUAUUAUCGUGCCAUAUUAUAGACCAACAAUAUAAGUAAUCAAACAAUUUAUGGAAAGGCUAAAAAUAUAGAAUUUUUUUGGCAGUGAGUUUUAUUCGAUAAUGGUACCUUUAAACCCUCCAAUACCCCCUCCUCUCUACCAUGAUUCCAAUUGCCUUGACACCUCAUUCUGCCUUGCUAGUCGGAUGUUCUCUUUAUUUUCUUCCCCUCUGUUCUGUUUUUCUUCCACUGUCUCUUCUCAAACCUCUUGAAAACACGUGUGAUUUCCAUACAACCUUCUUUGAUGCAGUUUAUGAACAAUUCAUCCUAUCUUGUGGGGAUUUUCUCCUACAGAAUAUCAUUUAUUCUUAUUAUUUUACUUGGAAUGAGUGGAGUUUUUAAUAUUUUUGCUUUCGUUCAAUAUUUAUUCACUGUUAUUUGAGACUUAUACCAUCCUACAGAGAGAAUAUCAUAUGCCUUUUGUUCAAUACCUAAUUGUGUAGUAUAAACUAUCUUGAAAACUUGCGAUUCUCCUUCACCAAAUGGGUUGUUUUCAGUGCACAGGUAAGUGCAUGCACCGGGGAUGAAACAAUUCCCUGCAUUUAAUGAGAUAAUUCUACGAGCAGUUGACCUAGGCUGACUUAUUAAUCUAAACAUUCUGGCUCUCUUCUUCAUUCCAGUUUCUAUUUACUUUUCCUAUCUUCGAUUAGCAGUAUCAAAAGAUCACACUACCUUAUGGGUUUCGAAUGAAUAAUAUAAGAGUUUUCAUAUUAAAAUGCGCGUCUUUCUUAUACGAACUUUAUGAUGUACUUACUGCGUCUUUCUUUUAGGUAUGAAACUGGGGAUCAUGUUGGUGUAUUUGCUGAAAAUUGUGAAGAAACCAUCGAGGAGGCAGCGAAGCUGCUGGGUCAACCCCUGGAGUUGAUAUUUUCUCUGCAUUCUGACAAAGAAGAUGGCACGCCCCUAGGGGGUUCUCUAGCACCCCCUUUUCAUGGACAGUGCACAUUACGGAUGGCACUUGCUCGCCAUGCAGACCUCUUGAGUCCUCCUAAGAAGGUAAUAAUUACUCUCGAAUUUUAUGUCUACUAUUUCUGGCAUCCUUUCUUCAUUGCGCAUUUAAUUCUUUAAGGUAUUAAUUUGACAUUUCACAGUCUGCUCUAGUUGCCUUGGCUGCUCAUGCAUCUGAACCUAACGAAGCAGAUCGGCUGAGGACUUUGUCUUCUCCUGCUGGAAAGGUUUGGAGAUUACUAACUGAGUUUUGGCUUUCGUGGAUUGAAAAUCUUUCGUUCAUUGGUGUAUGGAAACUUAUGUUUGACCCGCGCUCAUUCUUCAGGACGAGUAUUCACAGUGGAUUGUCAGCAGCCAGAGAAGUCUUCUAGAAGUAAUGGCCGAGUUUCCCUCAGCCAAACCCCCUCUCGGGGUGUUCUUCGCAGCCAUCGUGCCUCACUUACAGCCACGCUACUACUCAAUUUCGUCCUCACCCAGGUACAGAUUUUUUAAUAAUAAAAACUAUGCUUUGGCUGAUGGUGUGGUCUCGUAGAUUUUCCCCUUCAAGAAUCCACGUCACCUGUGCGCUGGUUUAUGGACCGAGUCCAACGGGUCGAAUCCAUCGUGGCGUGUGCUCAACCUGGAUGAAGGUAGGGCCACCUCUGAUCGGCCUUAACACAUCCACUUUGACUAUUUUACUUUCAUGUUCUUCCUGCAGAAGCUUCUGCAGUGGGCGGUCAGAAGAACGCAAAAAAAAAAAAAAAAAAAAAAAAGAGAAAAGAAAAGAAAAGAAAAGCCUGAUUUAUCGAUUUUCUUGGUCUUUUGAAAGUAUUCUCAAUGGUGGUUCCACGCAUUGUUCAUAGCGUGCAGUUCCUCUCGAGAAGAACCCCAACUGCAGCUGGGCACCUGUUUUUGUCAGGCAGUCGAACUUUAAGCUGCCUACAGAUUCUUCAGUACCAGUGGUCAUGGUAGGCCCCGGCACGGGGCUGGCCCCUUUCAGGGGUUUCCUCCAGGUCUGAUGGCUCGUCCUCUUCCUAUCCCCGUAAAAUCUCGGCCACGAAGAUCAUCCCUGAACAAUUUUAUUUAUUUAUUUAUUUUUGGUUGCUCCAUUUCAGGAGCGAUUGGCCCUGAAAGAAUCUGGUGCUCAACUGGGACCCGCAAUUCUCUUCUUUGGAUGCAGGAAUCGUGCCAUGGUAAGUGAUAUUCCAACAUCAUAUUGAAUUGAUAAUGCCACUGCGGCAUCUCAGAUCGCAUUUUAUUGAUCGUUCAAAUCAUGGGUUUGGCGUAUAAUCGGGAAGCAUCAUAAAUAUUAAUUAUAUACACUGAUAAAUAGCUGUAUUUCCCUGUGAAAAUCCUUCUUUUGCUUUCCUAGGAUUUCAUCUACGAGGAUGAGCUGAGGAGCUUUGUGGAACGAGGAGCUCUGUCCGAGCUGGUGGUCGCCUUCUCCCGCGAGGGCCCCAAGAAGGAGUACGUGCAGCAUAAGAUGACGGAGAAGGUGAGUGGCGCCGCCGCCGGAUCGAACCGCUCCACUCCAUUACACUGCACUCGUUUCUGGGGAGCUCUUCUGAGUGUAUGCAUCCCUCCCAGGCGGCGUACGUCUGGGGCUUGAUCUCCGCCGGCGGGUACCUCUACGUCUGCGGAGAUGCCAAGGGCAUGGCUCGAGACGUGCACCGAGCUCUGCACGCGAUGAUCCAAGAACAGGUAUGAAAAGUCAAUGAUAUCCUAGGCUUCCCGAAUUUCCCUUUUUUUAGUAAACAUAUCCAGCCUUUUUUGGAUAGUUGACCUGUGGUUGAUCUUGUGUCUGCACGUGGCGGGUAUUUCAGGAGUCUGUGGAUUCGUCCACAGCAGAAUCCAUGGUAAAGAAGCUGCAAACGGAGGGGCGGUAUCUGAGAGACGUCUGGUGA